AUGGGUUUUCGGACUCUGAUUAGCCUAGUCCAGACUAAAGCUGCAUUUGAUGCCCUGAAAAAAGCUGCAGAUUUGAAACACAGGCAUGACAUGGACAUUAAGAAUCUAACUUCAGAGUUGAGCAAGAACCAAGGUAGAAUGGCAGAGCAAGAGUCGAUGCUCCUACAACAUUUUCGUGCCGAUGCUAUUAAGACACAUCUACAUCCCUUCUGGGAUAAAAUUAAUGAUAUGGUGAAGAAUCAUCAAUUGCCCAGUGACUUCCGAAGCAGACACAAAUGGAUAUAUGCUGGCAAAGCAUACAGAAAACUUGCAGAGCCUCUCGACAUUGCAUUAUACUAUGGACAUCAGACCAACAUGGAAAGCCAUCUAUCAAUUCAGAAAAAGCCGCUCCGUUAUAGGGUUGUGGAAAAAUGGCUGGAUGAUAAAAUGCAAACGCUCAUUGAUAGUGGCCUAAAUGGAAAAAAGGAUCGCACAAUGUUUGCAUCCUUAACUGAGGAUUCUUGUUUUUGGGCUCAUGUAGAAGAAGCCGCUAAAGACUUGACAAAUCUCCAGCAGGAGCAAGAGCAAACAGUCAAUGCCCAUCUCAAGAAAAGCCUCAGAGAUUUUGAAGUUUAUGUGUUGAAGAUGAUCGAGGAGAAAAGUAUUUCCGAGGAUGUUUUCUUUGAAGAUAGCGGGUUUAUGAUAUGGUGGGAAAAAUACAGAGAGUUUCAACUGCAAUACUCAGUAGAGUGGGAAUCAAGCUCCCCUUUGCUCAAAUCCAUGGAAGAGGUCAAGAAAUUGGGAGUUCAGAAGACAGGUUACGUUCGGAAUAGUAAGAGCCUGAUUCGACCCGUGUCUAUGGAGUUCCUUCAAAUAUAUUGCUAUCUCUGUAUUUUCUGGAAGAAAAUUUCACCUUAUAUUGCUUUAUUGAUUUUUGAUUCUGCAUUUUCGAAUAGGUGA